AUGGAUGCCUCACAUUUAGCCCAUCUCCUUCGAAGAUCAAGAUCAAGGUCAUUCGCGGCGGGACCUGGCCAUGUCAACAUUGAGGCUAGAGCACCUAAUGAUAGUGGAUUAGCAUUGGAGAAGAAAGCAGUGGGUGAAUAUGGUCAUGUGUCUUCGGAAGCUUCAUCUGCAACUAGAACAGUCGGUCAAGCCGUUGGGGUCACCUCAACCCAAAGGCAAGCUGCCCAAGCCGCCACUCUUGGCACGACUAGAAGUACCGUCGAGGCAAAGGAAACCCUUACUAAGACUUCUGCUGUGUCUAAUUCUGCCAAAGCUACUUUGGCCCCUGCAAACUCUUCCAAGAGUACCGUAGCUUCUUCUUCAUCGACAACCCCUUCCACAUCCUCCACCCCUAGCUCUACUUCUACUUCUAUUCCCACUUCCACUUCGACAUCAUCCUCAACAACCCCGUCCACCUCCCUCAAACCAUCAACCACAAGCACGAGUACCAGAACAUCCACUUCAUCCACACCCACAACCGCCCGUACUUCUACCUCAACCAUUCCCUCCACAACGUCCACAAUACACAGCUCAGCCUUGCCCUCUUCCACUCUGACCGCCGCCAAGACCUCCUCAUCCUCGUCUGGAAUGUCCACUGGCGGUAUCAUCGGUGCUGUCCUGGGAGCUAUCGUCGGUUUGGUUGUUAUUGGAUCUCUCGCUGGAUGGUUAUAUCGAAAAUACACUGCCCGUUCUUACUCUACCAAAUCACCUUGGUCGAAAAUCGAUGAUGACAUCACUCCUUUCCCUCCACCUCAUGAGAAGUACUCUGAUCAACCAGCCGAUGACAUAUACGGUGGUGCUCCUGCGUCAGUGAUUGGUUCACGACGUGCACUCGCUUUGGCAAGGGACAAUGCAUUUAAUUCAGAUGGAUCACUUCGACCUGAUUCAGAGAUGUUUGAGAGGGGAAAUAAUCACGCCGGUUUCGGAGCUGGUGCCGCAUCUUACGGUGCUUAUCCUCAGCUCUCCCCUUCAUACGGAUAUGACGCUCAAGGAAGACCUUACAAUACUCAAGCUGGAGCUACACACAUGACAUAUGGAUACGAGAAUCAAUAUUCCCCUGAAGGAUACUACGAUAUGUCUCCAACAGAUCCUCGACAACUCGUCGGUCCCAACGCUCAAUACGCCAUGCCAACUCCAGUACCGAUGGGUCGACCUGCUGCGCCAAACACCGCGGCAGAAUUCGCUUUGGCAGAAGACUUCGCUGAUGAACCUCUCACACCCGGUCUCGCAUACACCGCAGAUGAACCUCGAACACCUACUUCUCAAAUGGCAUCGGCACCCAGAAUGGAAGGUAGAAGUCGAGUAUGUAUGACUCCUCAGGCACCUAGAAUCAUGUGUCCAACCGAAUCAUUGAUUGUCCACGACACCGUCCCUGCUCCUCCUCUCGCACCACCACCUCUCGCUGCUUCUUCGUCAACCGCUCUCGCUUCAUCUCACAUACCUUUACCAUCCUUUGCACCGUUAUCCCCUCUAAUGAGCGAUUUCGAUUUCAAAAGACAGUCCCAACCAAUGAGAAUGUACGAAGAUGAACGGUCAACACAAAAGAGAAUGUUCCAGGAAGUAGCAACCACAGCUGGUAUAGAUGAACCCACUACACCUUAUUCUGCUGGACCAAGUCCUGAUCCCCAAGCCGGAUUGAACGAAUCCACCACGUCCACUACGUCAAGUUUCUCCGCGCCUCAAGGGAGUACAUCAACGUCAUCAUCACGUUCAAUGCCUAGAUUACCUGAAAUGACCCUUGCACCACCUGAACCAUACAUUCACGGUCAACCGUUGUCACCACUUGACGAAGUUCCAACACCAUUAUCCACCGGUGAUACACUGUUGAAUCCUUUCGACUUGCCUCUACCUUCGAGAUCAGCUCCUCCUUACUCUGCCAGUACAUCCGGAGCGACAGGAUUCCCUUCGCCGGCUUAUCCUCCACCUAGUCCGGGAGGAAUGAGCGUACCGGGAAGCGUGACGGAUUCACCGAGAUGGGCAGGGCAUGGUACCCCGAAAGGAAGAGCGGUGAGCGUAUAUGAAGAGGAGGAUGCGUAUGGGGGAAUAUAA